AUGAGUGCCGCCGCCGCCGUUGACGAAGCAGCAGCAGCAGCAGCAGCCGACCACCAACAGCAGCCCGAUGACGGCGACGAUCCACAGGGCACUCUAGACCCAAACUCGUACACCGCCCAUCGACUUCACCACGCCACCCCUGAGCACCUGCACGUCACCACCCGCCGCGUCUUCGUCGGGCCCAUCCCAGUCGGCUGGCUCAAGAACCACCGCUCAGAAUGGUACAAGCACCACCUGCACGUCAACUACUCGUCCAAGGAGUCGUCCUUCGCCAAGGACGACAACGUCGGCUUCCGCCGCAAGGUCACGGGGCUCGGCGAGUCUGCGGGCGUCGUCGAGUCGUGGCGCCCGGCGGGGGGGACGGCCGAGGAGGUGCUGCUUGAGGAUGACGAAGAGGAGGAGUAUCUUGAGGAGGAGGAGGAGGAGGAAGGGGGGGAGGAUGAUGAGGACGCAGAGACGCCGAUCCCGCUGUCGGGGAAGACGGCGGUGGGGCGCAAUUCGGGCCCCGUGCCGAUACCGAGGGCUGCGGCGACGACGAAGCUGGAUCUGAAGCAGAAGGGGCGGGAGGAGGUGGGCGGCGGGGCGGCAGCGGCGGGGGCGGGGUCGCCGCCAGAGAGACAUCCGGGGAGGCCGUUUAUGAGGGGCUCGCGGAGGGGUACGGAGCCGCGGUCGUUUAAUCGAGGUGAGUCGUACGCAACCGCAUACGAGUCGUUUGAUUCUGCGGAGGAGGAGCGCCGGCGGCAGGAGCAACAGGCAGUAGCGGCGAAUAGUAUCAGCAGCAGCAGUAAGGCAGCGGCCACCGAGGAGAGGAGGAAGAAGCAACAGCAGCAGCAGGAAGGCGAGAGCUCGCGCGAGGGCCCGUUGAAGCUGGACCCGACGCUGUCGCGAUCCAACACCGAGUUCACCGGCGAGCUUUCAAGGGCGGAGCCGAUUCCGAUGAUGAUGGAUGGAGGCAGUGAUUCUGAGGGGGGCUCGGUACCGCCGUCGGUGGAGGCAUCCAAUUCUCGGGGGCGGCCUCAAUUAGUUUCUCAGCCAUCGCUGCGGCCAUCAAUCCUUUCAAUCACCCGAAAGUCGUCGCCGAAGAAGAAGAAGGUGCGCACCGCGUCCGAGCCGCCGCCAGUCGCCCGCCUCACGCACGCAUCGACGAACAAGGACCGAGUCAGCGGCGGCCUGGUCCGCUUCAACACCGCUGUCGACCUAAGGGAGCGCGAUAAGCUGAUGCAGCUGAAGCUGGCGGAUAUGAGCAGGAGCAGGUCGUUCCGCCAUGCGGGGCGCCACUACUCGCAUGUGCGGAAGCGCGAGGGCGAGAUCAUCAAGAUGGAGAACAUGCUCGUGCGGGUGGAGGUAACAAUGAAGAAGCUGCCCAACGAGUACGACGAGAACGAGAGCAUGCAAUUCGAGACGCGCACGGCCGAGAAGUGGCGCGAAUACGUCGUUGUGUGCCGCGAGACGGGCGAGGAGGAGACGCCGUUCAGCCUGCGCCUGUACAAGAGCAGGGUCAUCCCCGCGAUUGACAGGCCGCAUGUCUCGUCCUACGGCACGAGGGAGAUCCCGCUGGACCCGAAGCUGACAAAGGUGAACCUGUACUCGUCGCUGGAUAAGACGCUGGUGCUGUGGCUGCCGUUUAAGCAGGGCACCAUCAUAUACAUCAUGCGGCCCAGGUGCUACUCGUCGUCGGUGGAGUGGUAUACAUUCAUCCGGAAUGCGCUGGGCUGGGCGCGCCCGGAUUUGCUCCAGAUCCAGGUCCCGGACCUCUCGCUUUCGCUAAGGAUCGAGGAUCCGUUUGGAAAGAUUGAGGAGAAGCUGCGGGAUGAGCCUCUGGACGAUGAAGCGCCCAUAAGGGAGGAGAAGGUCGUUGCCAGGAACUUGUUGAACCAGAGUAUGGAGAUGCUGGAGGGUAUCAAGGAAUGGGCAGAUAUCAUUGAGCACUGGAAGACAAACGAGCGCAUGGGACUCGCCUGGCGGCGAUACGACCGCAUAGAAUGGGUCCACGGCUUGAACGAGCAGCGCAUGUACGGCUCCAUCGCCAUGCAAAGGACACACCAGCUCGAGCUGCGCCCCAAGACCCACUACCCCACGACCACAAAGAUGCCCACGGGCGAAAAGAUGGUUGAGCCGCCGCCCGUGGAGGGCUUCCUUCUGCGCCUCACCUCCAGCACGGGCCGCCACGAGCGCCUGGGAAAGCUCUUCUUCAAGCGCCUCUACUUCUACACGCAUGACAGCCUCCUCUGCUUCUGCAAGCCCGCGCGGGCACUGCCGCCGCCGCCGCCAAAGCUGCCCGUGCACAGGGGCACAAUACCAAAGACGAGCGAGAUCAUCGACGAGAUCCCGCUCAUAUAUGCCGUGGCGCCGUAUUGUCCGGGACCCGACGGCGCGAUCCCGUGGCUGAGCGGGUCGGCGGAGGAGAUUGAUAGGAGGGAUAAGGACGCGUAUGAUGAGGCGGAGCGGAAGGUGAAUACGCUGCUGAGGGCGGAUGGGUAUGUGGAUCUGGUGAAGGCGGUGGAGGUGAGGCUUGUGAGAAGGCAACCGCAAGGGAAGGAUGCGGGGGUGGGGCAUGGGGGGUCGGCGGAUUUUCAUCGGUCGGUGCCGGAUUCGAGUAGGGAGGAUGGCGUGGCGGGGGAGUUUAAUGAUGAGAGGGCGUUUGAGAUUGUGUUGGAUAAUGGGCUGGUGCUGAGGCUGCAGUGUUUCUGCCAGAGGACGAGGGACGAGUGGGUCACGAGACUGCGCGAUCUGAUAAGGUACUGGAAGGCGAGGGACCAGGACGAUCUGGCGAUCCUGAGGAAGACGAGGAAUGAGAACCUCAGGGAGCUCAAUAUCGAUGAGGAGAUGGAGUCCAUUAUUGGGCAGUUUGCAAGAAAGUGGGAGGUCUCGAGGUCAAUUGCUUCCGCAGAGAUAUUCAAUGUCUGCGGCAUGUCCUCCUGCAGGGCCAUCACCAUCUCGGGCGUGCUCUACCGCAAACCACGCAAGCACGCCACCUUCAAACGCUACAACGUCGUUCUCUGCCACGGCGAAAUGCUCAUCUUCCACCACACGUACCGCAGCCGCACGGGCGUCGAGCUGCCGCACGUGCACCAGGAGCGCCACGUCUCGCUGUCGCUGCGCGACUGCUACAUCUACUCGGGCCUCAUCACGGAGAACGAUCUGCUGUACCAGAACCAGACGUUCGACUCAAACACGCCGGGCAGGCACUCGCUGCCACGGGUGUAUCAGGACGGCAUGACGAGCCAUGAUGAGGAUACCAUGACGUGCUUUGUGCUGUGGCAUGGCAUGCGCAGGUCGCUGUUUAAGACGACGGAUGAUGAUGGCCGCACGGUCAGGCAUCGCGUGACGCAGUUGGGCGCCGCGGGGAAGUGUAUUGUGUUUAAGGCGAGGAGUAGGUUGGAGAGGGAUGCGUGGGUUAUGAGUAUUGGCAUGGAGAUUGAGAGGUUGAAUAUUAAUACGUCGGAGGAUAUUAGGAUCACGGCGGAGGCGCCGGGGAUCUUUGGGUAA